AUGACAAAUAGUUCAAAGGUUUCUCUUCAUAAUUUGAAUAGUUCACAAUUUAAACAAGUUGUGAACGAAAAAAAAUCAAAGAAAAGCAAGAAUAAGGGGAAAAAAGGAAGAAAUGCCUAUCCGACCGUGACAUCAAGUAUACCUAUGGCCUGCAAGGAACAAAAUUGUCAUCUGGUACCUCUUCGCACCUCCGAAAAUUAUCCUUCCGAGAAUUGUUUACCUGUAUUGCCACGGUGUAAUGACCUUCCAAUACCUAAACUUCUCAAUGAUCAAAAUCGUAAAGAUUCAAUAAAUACCAAAGAGCACUCAUCUGAAGAGACAAACCUCAUUGAGAUAAAUUUACCUCCAAAUUGUAAUUCUAUUCACCGUUUUCAUCGUGUUAUAAAAAUAGAUGAAAUAGGCAAGAUCAUGAUAAAGAUCAUUCAUCCUGACAACUCUGCAACUUAUUUAAUGGAUAUUAUCAAUCAAAGUAAUACUAGUGAAAUCAAACAACCUCCUUCAAUCAUACCAGAUUAUAUCGUUAUCAAAAUUCCUGGUAUGGAUUUUCCUGUAUUGGUAUAUCCUAAUCAUGAUGAAUGUGGAAACCCAAUGGUGAUUUCAAUGGAUUCUCAUUCUAAAUGUUCAAUAUGUUCACCAUCUUCCUCUCUAGAAAAUUUAGACAAAUCUAGUAUAUGUCCAAAAGAACUAUCACACACGAUGUCUCGUGAUCACGUGCCAUCCGAUACUGUAUCCGAGACUGUAAAUGAUGUUCAACCAAAUUUAAGUUCCUCUGAUUGUUUGCUUGAUGCAACCUCUUCUACUUUUGAAAUAGAAAUAAACUCCAAAGUUCAAUCCACAACCACAUGUUUUCCUAAUGAACAAUAUAAUAUACAAGAAUCUUCUUUUGAUGUGAACUUACCUCCUCAUGGUUGCUAUCAUAUCAAUGGUGUCAAUGGUGUCAAUGGAUUCAAUGAUAACACUAUUUUGAUUGAAAAUUUCACAAAUGAUAUGUUUCAACUAUCAGAAAAUGAAAUAGUUUCUUCGUCAGAACUGGAUCUGACCCCUGAUGGUUUAAUGGUAAAAUUACCAACUAAUUCUAAUAAACAAUUGAAAAUUCAUUCAAAAGCUCCUGUACCAAGUAUUGUUACCAAAAACCUUCCUACAACCUUUGUUGAAGAAGAAUAUGCUGAUGAUGAUGGUUCUGAAUUACCUCGAUCUUCUUUAUCAUCACCUCAUUCAACUAUUUCAUCUACUUCCUUUUCAAUGUCUGUACUUUCAACCACUUCAACUUAUGCUGAAUCAAUCAAUACUGUAAUAUCAACUUCUUAUAUACAAACUAUUGAUAAAUCAAUCAUUUCAUCAUCUACCUAUUCCGCUUCAUCAUCAUUCAAUCACUCUCCAGAAUUCAAGGCUAACGAUGAUCAUAUUGCCGAUCAAUACUUUGAUGAAAUCCCUUAUAAACAAGAGAGUGGUAAUUUAUGUUAUUUAUCGGAGCGAUCCAUAUCACCCGAACAUUUAUCACCGGUGAUGGAAGAAGAUGAAACUUUGAUUGCAAUACAAAAUAGUCAAGUAUCCGAUUGUUCCACAUUAAAUGAUUAUGAUAUAAAGCAAUUAAGUGAUUCCGAAGAUCAACAUAUCGAUUCACAUGCUCAGGAUGACAGUGAUUUAGAACAUUCUUGUGAUGAAUGCAUCAUUAAAUCUGAAAUCAAUUCUGAAGUUGAUCAUUAUUCUGAUAAUUAUUCUGAUAAUUAUCCUGAUAAUCAUUGUUCUGAACUUGAUGCUAUUGAUGAAUAUAUGCAGACUCUCAAUCUUGAAAAUAAAGAAGAAGAAUAUGAAGCAAUACGUCUUCGUCAUCAAUUAAAGAUUAUUCGGGAAGCUCCUUACCCCGUAGAACUUCCUUUAUCCAAUUCUUGUUGUUCGACCGUACCUGAACUAUGUGAACAAUAUAAGGCAUUGACUUCAUAUAUCAAGCCUAGUGACUUGAAAAUUGAUUCAAAUCUAAAUUUCUUUAAGGAUGACAUUCAACCAAUGUGGGAAGAUGUACGAAAUGAAGGGGGUGGUAAAUUAACCUUAUGUCCUCCUAGAAGACAAUUAGAUUCCUUGUGGGACACAGUUGUUAUGCUUCUUGCGGGGAAUAUGUUUGAUUGCAGUGAUAAUAUUUGCGGUGCUAUAUGUGCUCGUCGUAGUCGAGGUGACCGCGUUGAAAUAUGGAUGGGUAGUCAGAUAACUAGUGAGGAUGUCGAAAAAAUAAAGUUACAACUCUCUAAAGAAUUGGGAUCUAGGCAUGUUAUGAAUUUACCUUAUAAGAAGCAUCAUGAAAAGUAA